AUGCCAGUAGCUUGCACGGUUGAUGCCUUGAGCUCUGACUCAGCGGAGGAUUUCUUGCCUGCAGCUCCAAAGGAGCCUUCCAGAAAGCGCCGGCGGAUGAAGACACUGGCUAACGCACAGCUUGCUCAGAAGGAUCCAUCAUCCUCUCUUCGCUCCCUGAUCGGUCGUGAAUGCAGCUGCAAGCGAAAGAUUUGCUUUCAGCAGUUCGUCGCAGAUCAAGAUUUUCAACCAUUGUUGGAGUACCGAAAGCAUUUCUUCGAUUUGCACAAACUUGACCAAGACAGAUCCAAGAGACUGACCAGGAUGUACAACGCUGCUGAGAAUGGCAAAGAGAGCGCCCCUGUUGACUUGCGCUUCAUCAAGAAGCCUAUGUCGCUGGUUGGUGUUUCUGCUGCAUCAGUGCGGGCAGACGUAAUAUCAUAUCUCACAAACGUCUACGAAUCGAUCGCAGAAAGUUUACCGGACGUGCGUGACACUUUGUAUGAUGGGGUGGACCCUGAAGAGAUUCCUGUGUUUGGGUCUUCACAGCCAGUGGACGUUUACAGCAUUGAGUUGAAACGGCAAGCAGAUGCCUCGGCUGGAAAUAUUUCCAAACCACGCAAAAAGAAGAAGUCUGUGGAGAUGAACAUGGAACGGACCCACGGUGAAGUGGCGAAGGAAGUCAAAUGGCUUCCCAGUGGCUUUAUGAAAGAGUACUACGUUCAAUAUUGCCGGGUGUCUGGACUGGCCCGGUGCAAGCAGUGGAUGAAUUCACCAAGCUACAACCUGACGGUCCUGCUCUACCCACGGCAAGUGGGGUUGGAGCUGAUGCGUGUGGGUUUGCCGCAAGGCCUGGCAGAGAAAAGAGAAAUCGCGGAGGAGCAGCGCUCCCACCUCCAGAAGUAUAUCCCCACGUUGCGAUUUCCUUUGUACAAUCUUUCACGGUGUGCCGACUUCUUGGAAAGCUGGCUCAAUGAUGCCCUCCCAACCAAGCCGCUGUUGGAUGUCACCGCGCUUUACGGGUAUCUCUGGCAGCAGUUGCUGCUGGUGAUGUUGGAGCAGUCAGUGGUGCCCGUUGGCCCAGACGUGUGGCUGUCCAAUGAGUUCAAGACCGAGGAGUCUUGUUGGUGCGUAGCCUUGACUUUCGGUGCAGAUUUUGUUUUUCCGAAGCCGGCGCUGCGUUACGCAACGGACACCACUGGCCCACAGAAGGGUGAAGAACAUGUCAACAAGUUCACGCAGGAGCGCAUUUGCUUGAUGGAGCUGACCGACAGCCACAAGAGCUCUGCAGCAAUGGGUGACUUCUUGAAGUUCAAAGAACAAUUUCGUGGAAUUUCAGGGACGCAGUAUCUGGUCGCCUCAUUGGAUUGCACAGUGUGGCCAGCAAACAGUGCCUACCUCAAUGAGGCGGUUAACCACUUGUCCACGAUCUUGGCUAUGUCUCCAACCCAUUGCGGUCUGGUGCAAUAUCCCGUUUACCAAUCCCAAACGAACCAGGCCACCCUGGUCAAGCACCGGCAUGCCUUGGACUUGCUGUUGCUGAACGCAGGCUUGACCGUCUACCACCGCAUACAACUGUGCUACGAGAAACCAGACAGCUCUGCAAGGGACAACCGUUCUUUGUCGCAGUUGGCGGCGGCGGUCUUUCACGCGAACUUUGACAACUGCGCUUGGAUGGAUAGCAGUGCCGUGAAGGAGGGUCGCCUGGGACCGAUCCCACUGAUUCGAGUGGCAGACUUCAUAGGCUACGACGACGUCAAGCGUCCCAGCGCAAGCGCCCGAGUAGAGCAGAAAGGGCUGACGUGCCACGACAAACUGAUCGAUGGCUUGUUGGACAACAUGAACAUUCAGCCAGCUGACCGCAUGAUCUUGGUGGAUCUGCUGCCAAACAGGUUCGUGGAGUUUGCAAGAGCGAUGACGGAGCGUUCUUUGGAGCGCCAGAAGACUGAUGUGCGCUACUUUGGCUUCGUCCCGUCUGAUUCUUUCAAGGAUACAUUGGCCGCUGUGAGAGACAUGAUCUACAAGUCUUGGGACGUGAGCAAAGAGAGCCCACCAAAGCAGCGUCCAGGUUCUGAUGCUGCAGAGCAGGCGGCCCCAGAUCUGCAGAUUCUUGCUUGGAAUGGACGCCCCGUAUUUCCUGAGUGCGUCGCUUCAAGAUUUGCGGAGGGCACCUUGGAGUUUGAUGAGGUUGCAAAGCUGAAGAAAGAAUUCCUGGAGAUGUUUCCUCAUGCAACUACCCAGCCAGCUGCGCCGAAUCCCGUCCCAGCCAGGGUUGGAGGUGUGUGCGAUUUCACUUUGGACAACGGUGCUGAGCCGCUGGAUGUCAACCGCGAAAUCGAGGUGGAAAGGAUUGCAGAUGACCAGUUCUCGGAACAGAGGCGGGCCUCUACGCAGAUGACCAAGAAGAGGCCUGCGAUUGUGAUUGCCCAGGACUUCAGCAUUUGGAUCGGAAACACGUCCGAGCAAUCUGUGACGUUUGAGCCGGGAGAGCUCCUGGGGUUUGGCACUGGGGCCUUUGAAGAGAAGGUCAUCAGUGAUCCUUCUUCUGAGAAGGAGACCAUCCCAUGGAGAUUGACCUCCGACCUCAACUAUGUGAGCAGCGACAGGACUUUGUACCCGAUGUGCCAGUUCAUGCGGAAGCUUGCGACUGAGCAGGGCAUUGGUCAGCUGGCGAUCGAGGAUCACUCUUUGAGCCAGCGAUUUCACGCUGUCGCAGAUGGAGCAGCAGACCCUGUCCCGGUUAGCUUUCGCUACCAGAUUGCGCCGUUGCCAUCCAAGUCAACUCAUGUGUACAAGCCAAAUGGGAUGGGCGAGCGGGCUGAGAACGUUGCUGCAAACAUGGUUGGCGCGGCUUUCGGUGGCAACUACAACAAGGUUGUGAACAACAAAAGAGCCAGUGUGGUUUGGGAAGCGACUCGGUGGUCAUUGAUUUGGCAGUUCACAUUUCACGAAUACAGAAAACAAUAG